AGAGACUCAGAGACAUGGUACAGACCCUACCUACUCCCAAACAGACCUCAUCUCUCUCUCUCCUCUCUUCUCUCUUCCCAAUCACCCACCGUACUCUCUUCAUCCUCCCCAGAACCCACCACUCUCUCUCCCUCUGAAGCCUAUUUGAGGCAUUAAUAGCUGUGGAGAAUCGGUUCUUGAGUCUUUUCUCAGAUUGGUAUCACUUCUUGCCUGCGGCUUACCAAUUAGAGGUGCAGCUAUGUAUGAUGGGAUGAUAUGAAUAGAUCAAGAGCUUGUUCUAUUUGAUUUUAAUGAACAUGCUUAGUUGGUUUGUACUUUGUAUUUUCUCCUAGUGUUCUUUGGUUUAUUCUGCAUUUCUGACCCAGAGAGGAAGGUGGAUACUGUGUGCUUGUGGAUUUUAUUGUGAAUAUUUUCUUAAUGGCUUUUGAAUAUUUUUUUGGAACGCUGGAUCACCCCAAAACUUUCAACAUGGACAAUGUUCAGUUGGACACCAAUUGGGAAGAUGUGACUUGUCCUAUAUGUUUGGAUUUCCCUCAUAAUGGUGUACUUCUCCAAUGCUCAUCUUAUGAGAAAGGAUGCCGUCCUUUUGUUUGUGACACAGACCACUUGCACUCGAAUUGUCUUGAACGAUUCAAAAGUGCAUAUGGGAUGUCAUCUGAGUUGAAAUCCCCUUCAACAUCUGAUGCUGAUGCUGAUGCUGCUGCUGCUGCUUCCGCAGAAAACAUCCAACAGUUGUCUGAAGACAGCUGCAGACCAACUUGCCCCUUGUGUAGAGGGGAAGUUACUGGGUGGAUUGUUGUUGAUAAGGCCCGGGAACAACUGGAUGAGAAAAAGCGUUGUUGUGCAGAGGAACGAUGUGCAUUUAUGGGAACUUAUUUGGAACUUCGGAACCAUGCUCAAUUGGAGCAUCCUCAUGCUCGUCCAUCAAAAAUUGAUCCUGCAAGGCAGCUUGACUGGGAGAAUUUCCAGCAAUCCUCUGAAAUCAUAGAUGUUUUGAGCACCAUUCAUUCAGAAGUCCCUCGUGGUGUGGUUUUGGGAGACUAUGUGAUUGAAUAUGGGGAUGAUGAAACUGGAGAUGAAUUUGAGGACUUUCCUGGGGAUGAAGGCAACUGGUGGACAUCCUGUAUUUUGUAUCAGGUAUUUGAUAAUUUUAGGGCUUCUAGAAACAGAAGAAGGGCAAGAGUCAGUGAUGCCAGAAGAGGGAGUCGGCGUUCAAGUUAUGACACUUCAAAUUCUGAUGAGGGUUCUGUGACAUCUGUUGAAUUUCCAGAGUAUAGAGCCGAUGAGACCGAUGAUGAGUUAGUGAGUACAAGUAGUGGAUCGAGGGGCAGCACUGGACAUCGCAGUUCUCGAAGACGCCGUUCUCGCUUCUAUGACAAUUAGGUAUGCACUAGCAUGGAUAUAUAGCUUUUGUAUUCUCUUUCAUUCUGGCUUUAUUUUAGUGUACAAAGAACCAAAUCAUAUCUUUUUUCAAAUCCAAUUACAAAUAACUGUACAAGGCAGGAGUUGUGAGAGGGGUUUGCCCCCAUGUCAUAAAGCUUUGGUUAUAUAACUCCUCAAGUCUGCUCUGUGUUUUAAUAGAAAUGGAGUGAAACAGCAGACAGAAAGAAAGGCUUUUAAGGCGAUGAUCCACUGCAAAUGGAAAUCAUCUUUCAUGCUUUCUCCAGCUCGAGUUACUGUUUAGGUCAUUGAAGCAUGUAAGAGCUACAUCCCGAUGGAAUUUCCUUGCUUUGUAAUUAGGUUUGCCAGUUAGAAAUGACUUCCAAACUCACCUUCACUAUGCAGUGUGAUUAUGCUGUGACCGGUUUGGUUGUCUAAGUUUGUCUUUCAUCAAGUACAUUAAGUAGGCUCUUUUUUGCCCCUUUUUUCAAUAGAAGCUUGAAGAGAUGAAACUCUCACUAACCUGGAUA